CGGCGGCUGGCUUGACCACGGUUUAGCACCCGGCGGCUCACGUUACCGCAGUGAUUUGAAUUCUCUUGCCACAGUAUGCCAUUAGCAGUGCCAGGAGUUAUCUAUAAUUGUUAAGGAUAUAACAGUUUUGUAACAACUUGCUAAUGUAUUUUUCAUUUCUACAUGAGAAAAUGCAGUGGUCAGAACACUAAAGAUGAUGUGGGGACCUGACUGUGAUCAGAGGUGAUUCCAAUGUACAUAUUGUUCAAAAGGGUCACUAUACACAAAUCAAAUACAUGAUUGAAUAUCUCUCUUAUACAUUUAUUAGAGCAUAUGUAGUGGUUUUAACAACUAAAGACCAAUAGAUGCAAACAAGUGAAUCAGUUUAGUAGAUGUAAGAUGUUAGUGAAUCUUCGUAACUGUAAAACCAACUUUGGCAAUGCAGCUCUGCAUCCUCAAGCUCACUUUACAGUUUUUGGACAUGGGAUCUCUUAACCCAGCACCCAAGUCAUCAAUUCUGAAAAAGCACGUAGUUUAUCUUUAAAUGUGGGUCACAGUUCUUCUGCCCAGGCCUAUGAUGGAACAAAGUGAGCUCCAGAAUUGCAUGUUGACAGUAUGUCCACUGCUCUUAUUAUCCUUCUAACUUUCAUGGAUGCAUUUUGGAUUUGGAAAUCACUUUGCAAGAAGCCAAAAUUAUGUUUUAUUGUAUGUAUCUAUGUUGUUAUAGAUAUAUAGUUGCAUGUAUAUGUGUGUUGAAAGGUGAUGCAUUAUGGGCCUGCUAAGCCAAUCAUAUUUUUUCCCCAAACUUGUGUUUUUGUCUUCCUGGUUAGGUAUACUCAGUUAUUUCAACUAAGAGCUCUGUACCUUGUGUCAGUGUGAUUCGUGGGAGAUUGUUGUGUAGUGACAACAAAAUAACAUUAUUAAAGCUUUGCAGCAUAGAAAAAUAUAGUAUGUGCUCCUUAGCUAAGAAUAUGCACAGCUUAAAUAUCAGGUUUUAGCACUUUGAAUUGCCUUGUUGUUGAAAUGUACUGUACAAAUAGACUAGCCUUGUCUUGUCUUGUCUUGCCUUUCACAAUGACAGAUAACAGAAACCCAUCAUGAGAAAAUGCUUUCAGGGCAGGACGUGCUUUCUGUCGAUCACCUGUUGAUGUGUUGUAAUAUCUGCUGACUCACAUCAUACCUAGCAUGUAAUAUCAAGUGAAGCACUUUCUCAAUCAAAGUUACCAACAGUGAAAGCUUCACAGGAGGCGGAACUUUGUCUGUCCUCUUCCUCUUUGGCGAACCAACCUAUGUCACAAACCACACAGGAACAAUCGACCAUCAUGAAGCUCCGCACAAAGCAAACUUUCCUUUUUCUAGCAUCUGUUUUAUUUCUCUGUGUUGCUGCAGACCUACAUGCACCUGAAGUCCACACAAAGCUUGGGAGCCUGAGAGGUGAGUAUGUGAGUGUUAAGGGGAAAGAGACUGGGGUCCAUGCCUACCUGGGUGUCCCAUUUGCCAAGCCACCCGUAGGCCCUGCUCUGAGACUGGCUGCACCUCAGCCUGUAGAGGGAUGGGAAGGAGUGAGAGACGCCACCCAGCAGCCACCCAUGUGUAUUCAACAUAAGCAGUUUACUAUAGAUCUGCUUGAUAAACUUGGCAUGUCCGCAGUUCUCCCAGAUAUUUGAGAAGACUGCCUUUACCUCAACAUUUACACUCCUGCAAACAAAGCUCAUGAUGCCAAGCUCCC